AGGGAGGGGGGUGUGCAAGUUGGGUUUGAAUCGGGAGAGUGCGCUCGAACAACAAGUGCUUCAGAAUAACAAGUUGCGGCGAAGAGAGACAAGUAUUUUGUUUAUUUAUGUAUUUAUUUUUCUCUUCGAAGCGCUUCUGCUUAAAAAAAACAGGACAAAAUAAAGUGCAUGUUUUUAUUUUGACGGACUUGAAGAAAACGGCCGUUCGGUACGCGUCGAGGCUAAUUAGUUAAUUCGGUUCACCCGGUGCUCCCGCGCAAGUUGCGGGAACACCAGGUGGACUUUGCCGGCCAGGUGCACGGCGACUCCGCGAGAAGCGAAAAAAAAAACUCGGCGUUGCAUUCGAACCUUCAGCUUGAGCGUGGAGCAUGUACAGCAUGAUGGAACACGAGUUGAAGCCCGGCGGGCAGCCGGUGCACCACGCGGCGCAGGGGAUGUCACCGGCCCCUCCGGGCAGCAUGACUCCGGGCAAUGGCCUGCCUCACCCGGGCUCCAAAAGCGCCCUGCAGGCCCCCGGCGGGGGCGACCCCAUGGACAAAGUCAAGCGACCCAUGAACGCCUUCAUGGUGUGGUCCCGCGGCCAAAGGCGCAAGAUGGCCCAAGAGAACCCCAAAAUGCACAACUCCGAGAUCAGUAAGCGUCUGGGCGCCGAGUGGAAGCUGUUGAGCGACGCCGAGAAGCGGCCGUUCAUCGAUGAGGCCAAGCGGCUGCGGGCCGUGCACAUGAAGGAGUACCCGGACUACAAGUACAAGCCCCGGCGCAAGAGCAAACCAGCGCUCAAGAAGGACGCGGUGCAGGUGCCCAAGUACCCGCUGGCCGCCGGCAACUUACUCGUGACGCAAGGGCAGGGAGCCAGCCCCAGGAUGGAGAGCUACGCCUGGGGGCCCGCAGGCGGCUACCCGGGCAUGCAGGGCGAGGCGCUCAGCUACACGCAGCAGCUGCACCGGUACGACCUGUCGGCCCUCCAGUACCCCCCCGCCAUGACCGCCGCCCAGACUUACAUGAACGGAAACAACUCGUACAGCCCGAUGUCGUACAGCAGCAGCCCCCAGCAGCCCAGCCCGGUCCCCAUGUCCAUGGUGAAAGCAGAACCCAUGUCCCACUCGCCCCCGACACCCACCCAUCACCGGGGCCCCCUGCAGGGUGACCUGCGGGAUAUGAUCAGCAUGUACAUCCCGGGGGGCGGUGAUGGCAACGACCCGGCGGGGGGAGCUGCUCCCAGGGGCUACGGCGGCGUCCAGCAGCACUACCUCACCGGCACCGUACCCCUAACACACAUCUAGUUGAACGGCACGGGACAAUCUGCACUCACAGCCAAUGCCGCUCCUUCGGGUGUAUUCAUUCUGCAUUGUACAUUGUUUUUAAUACUCUUUUAGUUUUUCUCUUUUUAAAAAAAUACAAAUUAGAUGAGUUUGCAAAUGCUGCAUUUUGAGUAGCUUUAUGUCACGGGCGGUGAAGCACUUUUCUCGCCACCCCUCGCCCCCUACGCCUGUUUUAGAUUUCAUGUGUAAAGACGAUGUAUCCUGCUAAUUUUGCUGUUCAACCUCGCCUAUGUACCCACUGAGUCGCUUUCCAAACCAGUCACGCCCAACCGCGCUGGAAUUUUACUUUACUUUUGACUUUUUUUCCACGCAAGUGAAAUUUGAUCACUUGGUUGUGAAUCAUUGUUGUAAACCCAACAAGCAUGUUUUUUUUUUUAAGUUGGUUCCCCUCAAACCAGUGGCUACCAUAAACACAUGCAUGUUUGUAUAUACUGUACAGUACGUAGAUGCUGCUAUGGACCUAAAUUUGGUUUACAUCUCCAUCCAUUACUAAUGAUAGUAUUGGCCCGAAUAUAAGACGGCCCUGAUUAUAAGACAAA